GGUGAAAGUGAAAACCACAGCAAAGGCAAGGUGACAAACAAACCGGAGGUAAAGCUCUAUAACUGGUUCACUUCAACAUCUGAUGCAUCCCAAGAGAAGCUGGUGGAGGAGAAGUGCUUACUGAAAAGAUAUACACAUCGCUCCUGCAUUAAAGUCUUCUGCCAACCAUGGCAGAAGUGUAUUGAUGGAACCUGUGUUUGUAAACUCCCUUAUCAGUGCCCAAAGAAUGGCACCUCAGUGUGCUCAACUAAUGGAAAAAGCUACCCGACUUACUGUCAUCAAAAGAGUUUUGAAUGUCUUCAUCCAGAGGCCAAGUUUUUACAUGGGGGAAAAUGUACAGGUGAAGGAAAAUUUAGUGUUUCCUUAAAUUAUGGAAAUACUGAUUCAGAGGGAAUUGUUGAAGUAAAACUUGUGGACCAGGAUAAUAAAAUGUUCAUAUGUAAAAGCAGCUGGGGCAUCACGGAGGCCAACGUGGCCUGUGUUGAACUUGGAUUUCAACAAGGUGCUCUUCACUCUCACAGAAGAUUUCAUUUGCCUGAAGAUCUACGCAUGAAUUCUAUGGGAUGUCUGCACGUGGAAUGUCGGGGAAUAGAGACCAGUCUGGCUGAGUGUACUUUUACCAAGACAAUGACUAAGAGCUACCUGGACUUAGCCAGUGUGGUGUGUUCUACAGAGAAUACAGAUUCCCUAACACAUCAGUCCUUUCAGUGUGUGAAUGGGAAAUACAUUCCUCAGAAGAAAGCUUGUGAUGGUGUAAAUGACUGUGGAGACCAAAGCGAUGAGCUCUGCUGUAAAGGGUGCCACGGUAAAAGUUUCUUUUGUAAAUCGGGUGUUUGCAUUCCAAGCCAGUAUAAAUGCAAUGGUGAGGUGGACUGCAUUACAGGAGAAGAUGAGGUCGGUUGCGAAGGAACCAGACAUCCUACAGUUAAAGAACAAAAAGAGAUUUUGACUCCUGAUAUGGAUGCAGAAAGAAAACAGAUAAAGUCCUUAUUGCCUAAAAUAUCCUGUGGGGUCAAAAGAAACAUGCACAGUCGAAGGAAACGAGUGGUUGGAGGAAAGCCAGCACAAGUGGGAGACUUCCCAUGGCAGGUGGCCAUUAAGGAUGCAGAAAAUAUCAACUGUGGGGGGAUUUAUAUUGGUGGCUGUUGGAUUCUGACUGCUGCACACUGUGUCAGACGCAGUAGAGUUCACCAUUACCAAAUAUGGACAGCAUUACUAGAUUGGAUAAAACCUAAUACAGAGGUAAUGGUUGAAAAUGUAAAACAAGUUAUUAUCCAUGAAAAUUACAACGGAUCCACCUACCAAAAUGACAUUGCUUUGAUGGAAAUGAAAAAAGUUUCAGGCCAAAAAGAAUGUCGUACCUCUAAUUCCGUCUCUGCCUGUGUCCCCUGGUCUCCAUAUCUGUUCCAACCUAAUGAGAGAUGCAUCAUUUCUGGCUGGGGUCGAGAAAAAG